AUCAUACUCAACACUGACCAUUUGCUGUCAACAACGAUGGGAAAGAUCACCUUCUACGAGGACCGCGGCUUCCAGGGCCGCUGCUAUGAGUGCAGCAGCGACUGCCCCAACCUGCAGACCUACUUCAGCCGCUGCAACUCCAUCCGUGUGGACAGUGGCUGCUGGAUGCUCUAUGAGCGCCCCAACUACCAGGGCUACCAGUACUUCCUGCGUCGCGGGGACUACCCUGACUACCAGCAGUGGAUGGGUUUCAGCGACUCCAUCCGCUCCUGCCGUUCCAUUCCAUACACCAGCUCUCACAGGAUAAGGCUUUAUGAGAGAGAUGACUACCGGGGCCUUGUGUCUGAGCUCAUGGACGACUGUUCCUGCAUCCACGAUCGCUUCCGCCUCCAUGAGAUCUACUCCAUGCACGUGCUGGAGGGCUGCUGGGUCCUCUAUGAGAUGCCCAACUACCGAGGCCGCCAAUACCUGCUCAGGCCUGGAGACUACAGGCGCUACCACGACUGGGGCGCCAUGGAUGCCAAGGUCGGCUCUCUGAGACGGGUCAUGGAUUUGUACUAAGCCUCCUUUUGCUUGUUACAGCCCAUAUAUGCAAUAAAUAAUCAACCUGUGUUCCUGGCA